AGAUACUGCCUUGGUGUAGCCCCCAGUGAUGACUGUAUUGAACCCUGUACCUCCUGAUUAGACUGGUUGGAUGCCCCCGUUUACCAUUCAGCUUACCUACCAUAGAGGCAUCUCAACUGCUCUUGUUCCAAUUCAUCUGUCACCAUCAUCCUGGAGGGAACCUCCCAGGAGAUUUAGAGAAGAUCCUGUGUAGAAUAUGUCUGGCCCUGUUCCAAGCCGCUCUCGAGUUUACCCUGAUGUAAACACACAAAGACCUCGAGAAUACUGGGACUAUGAGUCUCAUGUUGUUGAAUGGGGGAACCAGGACGACUAUCAGCUUGUCAGAAAACUAGGGAGAGGCAAAUAUAGUGAAGUGUUUGAAGCCAUAAACAUCACAAACAAUGAAAAGGUGGUCGUCAAAAUACUGAAGCCGGUGAAGAAAAAGAAAAUCAAGAGAGAAAUAAAGAUCCUGGAGAAUCUGAGGGGUGGCCCAAAUAUCAUCUCACUGUUAGAUAUCGUCAAGGAUCCUGUGUCCCGAACCCCUGCUCUGGUUUUCGAACAUGUGAACAACACAGACUUCAAGCAAUUGUAUCAAACCCUAUCUGACUUUGACAUACGGUUCUACAUGUAUGAAAUCUUAAAGGCUCUGGAUUACUGCCACAGUAUGGGGAUUAUGCACAGAGAUGUCAAGCCACACAAUGUAAUGAUUGAUCAUGAACACAGAAAGCUCCGCCUAAUCGAUUGGGGCUUGGCAGAAUUCUACCACCCAAACCAAGAAUACAACGUGAGAGUGGCAUCCCGGUACUUCAAAGGACCUGAACUGCUGGUAGAUUACCAGAUGUAUGACUACAGCUUGGACAUGUGGAGUUUGGGUUGCAUGCUGGCCAGCAUGAUCUUCAGAAAGGAACCUUUCUUUCACGGUCAUGACAACUAUGAUCAGCUUGUGCGAAUUGCAAAAGUACUUGGCACAGAGGACCUGUACGACUACAUUGACAAGUACAACAUUGAAUUGGAUCCACGGUUCAAUGACAUCCUGGGAAGACACUCCCGUAAAAGGUGGGAGAGGUUUGUGCACAGUGAGAACCAGCACCUGGUCAGCACAGAGGCUCUGGACUUCCUGGACAAACUGCUGCGCUACGACCAUCAAGCCCGCCUCACGGCCAGAGAGGCCAUGGAUCAUCCCUACUUCUAUCCCAUCGUUAAAGAUCAGGGAAGGGGGGCCACUCCUGGAGGGAUGGCUGCCAGCUCCACACCAGUCAGCUCCUCAAGUAUGAUGGCCGGCAUCACCUCAAUGUCCUCCUCACAGCCUCUGGCUAACAUUGCUGGAUCACCUGUCAUCUCUGCCCCCAACACUCUGGCCACACAAGUCCCUGCAGCCACCGGGGCCCAACCCUGAAGCCACUUCCUCACCUGUGUUUAUGUGUGCUCAUGGCCAUGUCCUGCCUAGCUCUCACUGCGGCCCAGGGCCAUGGCUCCCCUUUUUAUGUUGAGAAUAACAAAGAAGAAGAUUUAAAUUGCUUUUCACAUUCAGUUAUAUUUUGACACCUGGACUUGACAGAAAUGUAUUGUUGCACCUGUCAGGAUUAUUAGAAUUAAUUUGGGUGUGUUAUUUGACAAUACCAUUGUCUAGAAAUUCUAAUAAGAUGUAGACAUGAAGAGAAUGGAUAAUAAAAUUUAUUUUGUAUGUUCCAAAUAUACAGUCUUGCUUGAAACUGUUUGAUGGGGAUCCUGCUGUAUUACACUGUGAACCUUUACACGACUUCACAAAACAGAGUCAGGAAUCUGGUGUGCCCCACCUAAACAGUACUCAAUGGUUGCACACAAUGUAAUGUGCAGGAGUUGUUGGUGUUUUGAAGUUGUUAGUUGCUAUCAUUCUUUAAUUGGACUUUUGUAGAUAUUCUACAGUUACUGUCAGGUUGCAUGCACCCAAUGCUGAAUAUCACAGGGUCAAUAGUUUGCCAAUUUUAUGUUACUUUCACUUCUGUAUGUGUAUGUAUGUGUUCAUGUAUGUUUUUUAUGAAGUCUCUUACACAUGAUUUUGAUUACAUAGACAAUUUUGUAACUUUUUGUUUUAUGUUGGGAGGAUUCAUCACCUACGAAAAACAACUUCAAAAAUAAACAAUUUAAACAGGG